AUGAAUCUUCUAAAAACACUCAAGCUGCUCCCUAUACUGAUUACAUGGCUAGGGAGACGAGCACUUUCCAAUGCUCUUGACGGAUACACCCCCCAGGGCGAAGUCUGCCCUAUAGAAAGACCAUCCAUCCGCAAUGGGUCGGCGUUAUCGACGAACGAAACCUCAUGGCUGGAACAACGACGAAAUGUCACUGUGGACGCGAUGUUGCAAUUCCUGGACCGACUGGACAUGGGCUCCCUGAAUGCAUCUUCAUACAUCGAGAAGAAUGCUGCCAACAUAUCUACGCUCCCAAAUAUUGGAAUUCCUGUAUCCGGCCGUUCCAAGCUAUGGCAAAAAGCUUCCUAG